CCCAUGUCUUUGAGCUUAAAAAUGUCUUCUUCCACCACUUCCACAAUGGAAUUAGCUCUUCUUCUCUUCUUGUUGUCUAUGUUGAUGAUGAUCAGAGGAUCAACAGGUCAGUUGAAUGCCAGUUUUUACGCAGAUACAUGCCCUAACGUCCUCACCAUCGUCAAUCAAACCAUCGAAAAUGCGUCACUGACGGAUCCUCGAAUCGGUGCUAGCCUCAUUCGACUUCAUUUCCAUGAUUGUUUCGUCGAUGGCUGUGAUGGAUCAAUUCUGUUGGACAAUAGCAGUACCAUACAGACAGAGAAAGAUGCCGGCCCCAAUAACAACUCGGCUAGAGGAUUUGAUGUUGUUGAUAACAUUAAGAGUGCUUUAGAGACUGCAUGCCCAGGUGUUGUCUCCUGUGCUGACAUUCUAGCCAUUUCAGCCGAAGUAGCUGUGGUUUUGGCAGGAGGUCCUUCUUGGACAGUGCUACUUGGAAGAAGAGAUAGCUUAACAGCAAAUCUAACCGGUGCCAAUACUGCUAUUCCGGCUCCCUCUGAAAACCUCACAACUCUUACGGGCAAGUUCUCGGCUGUCGGCCUUAACACCACAGAUCUUGUUUCACUAUCUGGUGCCCACACAUUUGGACGUGCUCAGUGUCGAACAUUCAUUAAUCGACUCUACAAUUUCAGUGGUACGGGUAGUCCUGACCCGACUCUCAAUACGACUUACUUGGCGACACUCCAACAAAUCUGCCCCCAAGGUGGAAAUGGGUCUGUCAUAACCAACCUAGACCUGACCACACCCGAUGGAUUCGAUAAUAACUAUUUCUCUAACCUUGAAACAAACGAAGGUCUACUCCAAAGUGAUCAAGAAUUGUAUUCGACUUCGGGUGCGGAUACUAUCUCCAUCGUUGCCAACUUCAGCAGCAAUCAAACCGCUUUCUUUGAAAGCUUUGCUCAAUCCAUGAUUAAAAUGGGAAAUAUCAGCCCGUUAACGGGGACCAACGGAGAGAUCCGAUUGGACUGCAAAGUAGUUAAUGGAGUUUCAAUAUUUGGGUCAGAUGAUGAUGCUUUAAUUAGCUCCAGCUGAAGGAU